AUGUCAUUAGUCUGUUGUGAUCAGCUUAACGAAAAAUGCAUGUUUGGUGCUUGCUCUGCUUGUAAAACAAAAGUAGAUGAGUUUUUGCACCUUAAUUUUGAUGUUAGCUCUGUGACAAUCAGAAAUAAAUGGAAAGAAAUUGAAGGGUUUUUGCAAGUAGCCGAAGAAAAAAAAGAGGUUGCCGCAGUUGUUAAUGAACUCAACCAAGAAAUAACAUAUUUUAAAAAACAUUGUUUUAUCAAAAACCAACAGCCUAACUACUUUGAAUCUUGCAAAGAAGCUCAAAAUCCUCUAGAUGCUGUUGUGCAAAUAGAUUUUUCAGAAAACGCCUCAUUGACAAGUCAAAAUGAAAUCCAAAGUGCGCACUGA